AUGAAGCAGCGUUGUCUUGCGACGAUACCCAACGGUAACGAUGCCGAGUCGCCCCGACUCAGCGACCAAGGCCUUAUCCCGGGAUUCCCAAGAGCGCUCCCUGGCGAAAAUGGAUUAAUACCGCUGCAGGUCGUGCAGCUCGGCCUGAACGGUGCCACGCUGCACCUCGGAAGCUUGGAAAAUCUUGGGGAGAACUAUCGCAGACCACUUUGGGAGCUGCUAGAUGACGAAAUGUCGCAAAGCUCAUGA